AUGAGCUCCGAGUCCCCCAAAACAGCCAAGAGAACUGGAUUUUUCAAUAAGCUAAGGCAGAAGAAGUUUAGCUCACAUAACAACUCCUUUGCAUCGGAAUCAAAUACUUCAAACGGUUCAAUUACGCUGUCGACAUUUAAAUCGGAUAAAUUGCAAAGAAUGGCUUCUCGUGGCUCAAUUAGUCGCUCUAGAGACUUGUCCGAGGAGAGAAGAGGCGGUAAUGGGGGUGUUGUAGAUGACAACUAUUCAUUGUUGUGCAACGGCGAUGUAGAAGAUGAAGACGGUUCAAUGAUGAUGGAGUACGACUCGGAUAUAUCGCUGAGCACUUCGCUUUUGCAUUCGUUAUCUGCACUGACUAGACAUACUCGUCCGCGUGCUGAUACUUUUGAUGAUCACAAAGUCGACGAAAAAGUGUCUUUUCCAGGAGCUGAGAAUUACUUGUUGGACCUGGAUUUGCAAGCCGUCACUUUGCACGACGACCAAGAACCGCCAUGGGUGGGGUUGACAUUUGAAUCGUUUUUAACUCCAAAAUACGUUAAAAUCUCAAAAAGAAACAGGCAAAGUCCAAAAAUUAUCAAUGACUUGUUUUUGGCACAGGAAUUAAAUGUAUAUGAUAGCGACGGAAUCAGAUCGAAUGAGAGUAGUGAAAACGAGUUGGAAAGCGACUCUUACGAAGAGGAUAACUCUGGUUUCGAACAGAAACCUGGGUUAGGUAUGAGCAGAGAAAUAUUUGUUAUGAAGUUUAGCAAUGAUGGGAAAUACCUAGCUGCUGCAGGUAGAGACACUGUGAUUCGAAUAUGGAAAGUUAUUGCCUCCCCGUUGGGACGGUUGGAGUUUAAUCAACACGAAAGAGAAAAUGGGACUCCGGAAAGAAGUAGCAAAAGAGAUCAUGUUUUUCAAUCUGCACCUGUAUUCCAUCGAACUCCACUUGAAUUGCGUGGCCACACGCAUAGCAUUUUGUCUCUUGCAUGGAGCAAGAACAAUUUUUUGAUUUCAGGAAGUAUGGACAAAACGGCAAAAUUAUGGCAUGUGGAUAGACCUGUUUGUUUGCAAACAUUUCAACACGAGGACUUUGUCACUGCUGUUGAGUUUCAUCCGUUGGAUGACAGGUUUUUUCUAAGUGGCUCUUUGGAUAACGAAGUUAGACUUUGGUCUGUAUUGGAGAAAUCGGUAUCUUAUUGGAGAAAUCUAGGGCAGGAAGUUUUGAUUACAGCAUUGUCUUUCACACCCGAUGGAUUGUAUUGCGCUGUUGGAGGUUUUAAUGGCUCAUUGUUUAUCUUGGAAACAAAAGGUUUGCAUGUGGUUAAUAGAGUAGAGAUCAAGGAAAAAUCAAUUGUGCAUCCAUUUCAUGAUAAGAAUGGGAAUAAAAUCACUGGUAUCGAGGUAUUUGCAAAUCCCUCAUGCGACCUUUCUGACAUUCCGGAAAGUAGUCAAGAAAAAUGGACCGUGUUGAUCACAACAAAUGAUUCUAAAAUCAGGAUGGUUAGUACUCACAAGAAGAAAUUGAUAACCAGGUUCAGAGGUUUGGUAAACAACUCUUCCUCGAUUGCAGCCUCAAGCAGCGAUGACCACAAGUACGUAAUAUCAGGCUCGGAGGACCACUGGUGUUAUAUCUGGGAGAACAACAACACCAUAAUUAAUAACAAACUUAGACAAUCUUUAAAAGAAUUGGUGGUUGACGGUAAACAACACAUUACUGAAUUACACCAAAAGCUGCGCAAAUACAGCAAGCUUUUCAACUCGCACAAGUUUCUUGCAAAAUUGUUUGAUUCAGAAAAUGAGCUGAAGCACGAUUUCAUUGCAAAUGAAAAUAAUAGCUACCUGAGCUUUCAUGCCCACCACUCCAAGUGCAAUGUCGCUAUAUUUGCUCCAGCUGCAACCAAGAAUUUGUUACAACUAUCAGAUGACCUAAUAUUUGAUUUGAAAAAGAGGGGGGAAGCCUGUAAGAUGGAUCCUAGCAAAUGCUAUUGUGGAAACGCCAAAGAGUAUCACCACCAUCACGAAAAACUUGUAGGAGAAGGUGACAUUAUCGUGACAACUGACCAGUAUGGUUUAAUUAGGGUAUUUCGCCAAGAUUGCGCAAGUUCCUAUAGAAAGCAAUUUAUCGAGUUUUACAAGAAAUGUCAGAUUGGGUAUGGCGGUAGUGGUAAUAAUGGUGACGUGACAUUGUCAUCAGCAAACACAAUCAAGUCCAUACCAAGGAGACGGUUCUCAUUGCAUGAUCGACUGAGUCCAGUAAGGGUUGACCCGUCAAAAAAUAUCAAGGCCAUUUUGGGGUCUCAAAUCUCGACUUAUCACGAUCUUCGAUCAAAUGACUCGUUGGUAUCUCCUCCAACUUCCGCUUUGGGACUGCUGAUCCCUACUAGUUCAACACUGUUUUCCCAUCUGAAUGAUAUGUAUGCACCAAACAAGUCUCGUCAGCCCAACAACAGCAAUCUUGAUACUAAAGAAAAAGCUUCAUCUCUUGUCUAUGCAAAUGCAAAUGCGAGUGCGACAACGUUGAAUGUAAUGCCAAACGAGCAUGCACAUAAAAUCAACAGCCAUCAGGAAAAUUUUCCAAAAGUGAAUAAUGAGAACAAUGUCAGGCUGGUACCGAGUAUAGUAGUAUCGACUGAAGAAAGCCCAAAAUCAACAAAAGCGUUGAAAAUCGUUCCCACUGAGCCAUCAUCAAAUGGGUCUCCGCCUCAUUUAGCUGAUAUACCAAUUCACGCAAGUCGCAACAAAUUGGAACAUGAUCUUACCAGAUAG